AAGCUGCCAUGGCUUUCCAGAGCUCCAGAGCUCCAGAGCUGCCAGCCCGCCGCAAACCUAGGCAGGCCAUGACGCCGCAGACAAGCGGGAACCCACAAACGGCGGAGCUUUUUUCAAAUUGGGAGAGCAAAGAGGGGUACGGAGCAGCAGCAGGAGGAGCAUGAACACUUACCAACCUCGGGGGCCUUGGUGUCGGCCUUGGUGUCAGCCAUUGUGUGCUAGAUGGGGGAUCCUCGCGGUGGUGCGAGGAGACGGUUAUAGAUGGAAGGGUUUCUGGGGUAGCAGUUCACUCGACAGCAGAGGAAGAAAGAGGAAAUGGACUUGGGCUGGAAGAGCUGGAGAACCUCAUCAGUCGUGUGCACCGCUCGCCGUACGUAUUACGUAUUACGCCCGGAGCGGGGGCUUCUGCUCUGCUGCGCGCUUCUGCCUGGUUGUUUCCCGCGCCCGCAGGUGGGGGGGGAGUAGGGCUUCGGUUACGCUGCGUAUUGCCGUUACCUUCCGUCGCGCGGGCAGACCGCCUGCCGUCAUAGCCCUCGACGCCCAACCAUCUUCCUUCCAUUCUUCCCUCCUUCCUCUUCCCAUGCAAUUGGCGCAAACAUCCAGCCGGAGGGCUUUCGUGGUCGAGAGUCACCAGGCGUUCGAGGCGCCCAGUGCGACCUCCUGCAGUUUCAGAUCCUUGACACUGUCCGAUAUCCAUCUAGUACUCCGUACAUACACCCCUCUUUGUGCGUUACUUUCCGAGUAACGCAAACUCAGAUUGCGGGCUGGAGUAUGACAUCACAUUACCUGUCUGUCGUCACUGAUCGUCUCCAUACUGUUUGUACUCCGUACUGUGUAAACAGA